AUGCGUUUCUCCAGCACACUUCUCGGCCUCGCCAGCCUAGGCUAUGUCCUUGCCCACCCAGUCAUCGAUGGCCGUGAAGUCAUUUCGCAUUCCAUGAACUUGCCCAGAGAUCGCAGUCAAAACCCAUCUCCAUGUGGUGUUGACGCUUCUCCCGAGUUCGUAGCUGUCAUGCAAGAUAUGGCUGCUGCUGAGGCCAAUGGAACACUACCGUCUACACCAGCAGCGGCUUUCAGAGCUCAAGCUGCUGCUGUGGUUACUGUUCCAGUCUAUUUCCACGUUGUUGCAAUCAACACGACUCCAGCAGGUGGUUACUUGACACAAGCUCAGUUGACAGCUCAACUCGCUUACAUGAAUAAUGCGUUCUCGUCCACUGGAUACCAAUUUACCCAGGCCGGAGCUGACUACACCGUCAACACCAACUGGGCAAAUGACAGAGCCGAGUUGACCAUGAAGAGAGCUCUGAGAAAGGGAGGAUACAACGCCGUAAACAUCUACUUCCAAUACUUCCUCGCCGACGACAACCUCGGAUACUGCUACUACCCCAGCGCCGCCGGCAAAGUCAACGGCUCGACCGCCUUCUUCACAGACGGCUGCACCGUCCUCGCCUCAUCUGUCGCAGGCGGAACCCUAGCGAACUACAACCUCGGCGGCACCGCCGCCCACGAAGUAGGUCACUGGUUCGGACUCGCCCACACCUUUGAGGGAAGCGCCUGCUCUGCAACCAACGAUGGAGUGGCAGACACCCCAGCCCAGAACGGUUACACCUCUGGGUGUCCCGCAUCCCGGGAUUCGUGCCCAAACAGCCCGGGUCUUGAUCCUAUCCACAACUACAUGGAUUACUCCUACGAUGUUUGCUAUACCGAGUUUACCCCUGGUCAAACUGUUAGAUUGACUAACAUGUUUAACACUUACCGCGCAUAA